AUGAAGUUGCGUCUCACUUUUCUAUUUCUAUUUUCUCUAAACUUGGUGGAUUCAAAAUGCGGAGAUUAUACAACAUGUGGGACUUGUGCAGGAGUAAAACAGGGAUUAACAAGUUGCCUCUGGUGUGUGGAUGCUGGUGCUUGUGUGCAGACGACUCAGGCCGGUUGUGGGAAAGCAGAUCAAAUUAAAUACGCAUACGAUUGUCCACAAAAUCCUCGACCGGGCUACGAAUACAACGAGACUCUCGCUCGGGGAUUGGGCAUUGUCGCUGUUGCGGCAGCUAAUAGUGACAACGAGGCACAAAUCCAAGACUGUCUCUCAAAAGUCUCGACAAAUGUUUUCAAACAGUACACGAAAGUUUGCGAUAGUAAAGGAAACACUUGUUCCGGCUUUUUAGCCUACAGCGCUUUAGAGAAUCUUAUUGUGAUGUCGAUGAGAGGAAGUCGGGAAACUGAUCAGUUCUUGGAAGAAGGAGUUGAUUUUGUGUUUAAUAAGCUGACCACAAUGCCGACUGUUGGCGGGAAAGUUGACUCAUACUUCUACGAUGCAUGGAAUGCAAUCUUCGGAAUGGGCAUGGAAACUGAUCUCAAAGCGCUUGUUUUAACGUAUCCAAAUGCUGGACUUUUAUGCGUCGGUCACUCGUUGGGCGGCUCAAUGGCUUCAAUCGCAGCAGCUUACUCUGUCAAAAAGGGGUAUUUCGCACCGGAAAAGGUUCGUUUGAUCACUUAUGGAGAGCCGAGAACAGGAGAUAUGACUUAUGCAAUGAAUCACGAUGAAUCAGUUUGGCACACCUAUCGACUCGUCAACAAUCUUGAUCCAAUCCCACAUAUGCCAGCGAAAUUUGUUGAUAAUCUCUUCGACAAUCCGUUUCAUCAUCGAUUUGAGGUCUGGUAUCAAGACGGUAUGCAAGAGAAUGCUCCUUAUCAAUUGUGUCAACGAGCCGAUGAUGAUGCUUGCUCUAAUAGUGUUGGAGCGAAACAAAACAUUGCUGAUCAUCAGACAUAUUUCGAACGGGAUCUCGCUGAUUGGUACAAGACGGGAUUGCCAAAUGAGGCGCGAACGAUCGAAAGAGCUUUCAACUCGUACCAUCGAAGCACUUGUAUUCGAUUUCAGCCACGAGAUCAAGAGACUGACUAUUUGAAUAUUGUUAAAGGAUAUGGCUGUUAUUCCCAAGUUGGUCGAACUGGCGGGAAACAAGAGAUCUCACUUGGACGCGGUUGUCUCUUUCACGAGAUAAUUGUUCACGAAUUGAUGCAUUCUGUCGGCUUUUGGCAUGAGCACUCGAGAGCGGAUCGGGAUGAUCACAUCAGAAUCGUUUGGGAGAACAUUCUACCCGGAAUGAAAUCACAAUUUGACAAAGUAGCCGCUUCACUCCAAGAUCUACAAGGAGAAAAAUACGAUUAUUUGUCAAUAAUGCAUUAUGAUUCGACGGCUUUCUCGAGGAAUGGAAAGAACACAAUUGAAACUGUUGAAGAAGGGUUCACGGAGUUGAUCGGAUCGGCGAAUGACUUGUCGAAGAAUGAUAUCAUUAAGAUCAAUAAACUGUACGAGUGUGAGGCGCCGACGCAAAGUCGAAAAGCGCAGAAAACUGUUGUGAAGCCGCCGAUCCGAGGGAGAAUACGACCGAAAAUUGAUGUGGUUGAGAAUGGGAGUGAAAAGUGCAUCGAUCACUUCGUCGAUUGUCCCCAUUUCUCUCAAUACUGCAAGCGAGCCUCGUUCUUCUUUGUGAUGAAAUCGUAUUGCCCGUUCACUUGUAAUCAUUGU